UACCGGAACUCAGAUAGGGAGCAUCUCCCAUUCACGGUCGUUGACGCGGCCUAGCAAAGUCGCGUCGCGACCCCUAUUUUCUCGUAAGGUUCACCAGCGUGUACAAAUUUCCACCGGGGCUGCUCCUGCUCAAGUUGUUACUUCAGAGUUGCUAAAUUUGGAGAAUGCUUUGGAGGCGCCCAGUGAUGAAGCGCAGCGUAACUCCUCGAUCCAGGUCCCAUGGCAGAUCUUGGAGCCAAAGACCAAUCCUGAGCAGCAAACCCCUCUCCAUACAUGGCGUAGGAACUGGAUCCCUAUCUCCCCAGUCUCAGGCUUGGACCCCAGCCGCCCCAACCCGGUGAUGGUCCUGGGUGAGCAGCUGGUCGUGUGGCGCCACUCCCUCCGCGGCUGGGUGGUGCAGCGGGACGUGUGUCCGCACCGCCUGGCGCCGCUGUCGGAGGGCCGCUUGGAGGCAGCAGGCACUCGACUGGCGUGCGCGUAUCACGGCUGGGAGUUCGACGAGGAGGGCAGCUGCACAAAGGUACCGCAGCUUUCUUCCGACCCCCGGGCUGCCGCCACCGCCUGCUCCAGCCCUCGCUCCUGCGUCACCUCCUACCCCACCCUGGAGCUGGAUGGACUCCUGCUCGUGUGGAUGGACGACAGCAAGGAGGGAAGGCAGCAGGCGAAGAUAGCUCCGAAACCCAAGCUGCUUGAAGAUGGCGCCAAACCCAUCCUGGACUCGUGGUUUGCGAACGAGAUGCCCGUGGAUUAUACGUAUUGGCUGGAGCAGGGCAUGGACCCCUCCCACGCCAAUUUUCUGCACCACGGUGCCCUAUUUCGCUCGGAGAACAGCUUGCCCAUGAGUGCCAAGUCCGUGAAGGACGUGGACCUGGCGGGUGGCUUCAUGUGGGAGCACGGCGCCUACGAGAAGAAGCAGGGCGACAUGCGGGGCUUCCGAGAGUUCCUGCCGCCCUUCUGCACCAAGACUCUGUAUCUGAUGCCUAAUGGGACCGCCACGCACAGCACCAUCUUCGUCGUACCCGUACGGCCGGGCGUGUGCCGUACCGUUGGUGUGUUUGCUAGGGGGCCGCCGCCGUCCCAUCUGCAGCUUCAGCCACAAGACGCCGCCGCUGACGUCUCGAACAAUGUGUCAAAGACGGCGGCGGCGGCGGCGGCGGAGGUCGUCAAGAGGACCGAUCCGGAGGCGACAUCGGGCGGGGAGAACAACGACAAGAACACGGCGAAGAAGAGUGGAGGGGCUCUUGCAGCCUGGCUGCUUUCUCUGGUUGGGAAAUUGCCGCAUUGGGUGUUACUCUCCGGCCUCAUUACGGACCAAGACCUCGUCAUGAUGAGCAGGCAGGAGGUGCUGAUGCGCCGUGAAGGCCUCACCGCACGCGACUACAACCUCAACAGCAAGGCGGAUGCGGGUGUGGCGGCCGCGAACGUGUGGCUGAAGAAGGCGGGCUAUCCGGAGAGCCUCUGGGGCAAGGGACCUGCACCUCAGUCGGGCCCUACGUUCAGCAGCUGGCCCGCUACAGAGCUCUCCCUGGAGCAGCUGCUGUCACGACAGGACAGGCAUGUACGACACUGCGCGGUCUGCCAGAGGGGAAUGAAGCUGGUGACGGCAGUGUGUACGGCACUGACGGCGGCGGCGGGAGUGGCCGCGGUGGCGGCAACCAUCCUGGCGGUUAUGGCGGUGGCAAAGGGUGUCGCCGCUGUUGGCGGUUGGGGUUCGUUAGCGGGUGCCGUAGUGGCGGUUGUGGUCCUGGCGGCGUUGGCGGUCCAGGGAUGGUCGUUCCGCGAGGAGAGGUUUGUGUCAGGUGCCGCGCAGUGGCGCCGAAUAGGCGGGUUCUCGCUGGUGGGCUCAAAGCACCGUUAG